AUUGAAUUGUUAAUUGUCUUAAAAAUCUUAAAAACAUAACAAGAACACAUAACAAUUAAUACUACAAUGCAAUCAUUUCGUUUGUUAGUGGGAAUACUAAUACUUUCAGUGUUGAUUUUGGAUGAAAGUAGAACAUGUAUAGCCCAAGGUUUGAAAACAGCAACAACAACAGUGAAAUGUUCUCGAAAACACAGCGCGGUUUUGACUGAGUUUGGUGGCGUUGGCGAUGGAGUUACUUCCAAUACUAAGGCCUUCAAGGCGGCCGUUGAUCAUCUCAGGCCCCUCGCAUCGGACGGUGGAGCACAACUCAUCGUUCCUCCCGGAAAAUGGUUAACUGGAAGCUUUAAUCUCACCAGCAAUUUCACUCUCUUCCUUCAUAAAGAUGCUGUUAUUCUUGCCUCCCAGGAAGAAUCAGAAUUUCCAAUUCUACAGCCACUACCUUCUUAUGGAUUAGAGAAAAAUUCCACAGGAAGGUUCAGCAGUCUAAUUAUGGGAACAAAUCUCACUGAUGUUGUAAUUACAGGGAACAAUGGCACCAUAGAUGGACAAGGUAAAUCUUGGUGGACCAAGUUCAAGGCUCAUGAAUUAAAUGCAGUUAGGCCAUUGUUAAUUGAGAUCUUGUUCUCUCGUGAUAUCCAAAUCUUCAACCUAACUUUGCUUAAUUCACCUUCUUGGUUCGUUCAUCCUGUAUACUCAAGCAAUAUAAUAGUCCAAGGGCUAACAAUUCUUGCUCCAGUCGAUGUUCCCAACACAGAUGGAAUCAACCCUGACUCGUGUACCAACACUCGAAUUGAGGAUUGCUUUAUUGUGUCGGGCGAUGAUUGCAUAGCUAUAAAGAGUGGUUUUGAUCAACACGGAAUUAAGAUGGCAAUGCCAAGCGAGCACAUCAUAAUCCGACGGCUGACAUGCAUUUCUCCAGAUAGUGCAACCAUAGCAUUGGGCAGUGAAAUGUCAGGUGGAAUCAAAGACGUUAGAGCUGAAGAUGUCACUGCCAUCGACACUCAAGCUGCACUGAGGAUCAAAACGGCACCGGGUCGUGGUGGCUACAUCAAGGACAUCUUCACACGAAGAUUUAUCCUUAAAACCAUGCAAUAUGUGUUCCGAGUGAAUGAAUUUUACAAGACACAUGCAGAGGGUUAUGACCCCACUCUCUUGUCGGAUGUUUCCAACAUCAACUGCCGUGAUAUGGUGGCCGAAAACGUUACGGUCCCGGCCGAGUACGAAGUGCUCCCCGGAAACACCUUCACUGGUAUUUGCAUCUCCAACACCACCAUGACAUUGUUCCCAGAUUUCAAAACUUCAUUCAAAGUUGAGACUUGGGAUUUGUUGCCUCAUAACUCCAAGAAUAUUGAUUGCCCAUAUCCUCAAGAUAAGUUGCCCAUUGAAGAUGUUCCCUUGAAGACUUGCUCUUUGUGAAAAUGUAUUUUAAGUAAAUGAAAUGUAUCAUUAUUCAUUUUAAAUUAUUAGAUCCUUAAAUUAAAAAAUUUGAUGAGUGUAUUUCCUAAUAAUAUAAAAGAGAAUAUUGUGUUUAUCUAUAUAGUUUAUUAGUGGUGUCGUGAUUAAUUCAAACAUAUAUAUACACAUGACCAUUAUAGGAUAUGUGUUAGUUCAUGGACUUAUAUUGUGCCGAGUUUUGUGGCAGUUCAUGAUGGCUUUGUUUAGUAGCAAUUUAUGUUACAUUAUUUAUAUUGU